AUGAGUUACGAAACGUUUACCACAACAAUGCAUCUGAGAUGGCUCGACACAAUUUUACCAAAAAGAAUUUGUUCGUGGGAAUUUGCAGAUUCGGAAUGGUGGGUCAUUUUCAGACUUUAAAAAAAUUCUAGAAAAAGUUUCCUAGAUCUUCUAGAUUUAUUCCGGCCUUCUAGAAAUUCAAGAUGUAUUUCUAGACAUUUUUUAUUGAGCAGCUGAAAAUUUCAGAAAGAGUUUUGGAAACUUUUUUUCCAAAAUGUCUACUAUGAUUUCUAGAGAAUAUUUCUGAAAAUUUUUCCUAGGCUUUUCAGAGUAUUUUCCGGUUUCAGAAUAACAAUAAAAAACGUUUUUUUUUUCAAAACAAAUUUUCUAGAUUUUCUAGAGUCCAAAUUUUUCCAGGCUUCUAAAAUACAUUUUUGAAUGUUCUGAAAAAAAAAUUUCAGGAUAAUGAUCUUGAACUUCGACAAAUUCACUGAUGAUCCACGAAGCACUCUUAACUUGCAAAUUGUUCGCAACGAAAACUGUUUAUCAUGGAAUCGCAAAUCUUCAGUUAUGAUUCGAGUGAAAAAAUUAAUACGAGAUCAAACUACAUAUACAUCAAGCCACAAAAUCAUUGAACUACAAAAACCAUUUGAAUCAACAGAAUUGCGUUUUUCAAAAAUUUUGAAACGCUCUGAAAUAGUUGAAGAAAAUGAUGAAUAUCCUGUCGAAAUCACAUUAAUUAUGGAAAAAUUUGAGAAUUCUUUAGAGAAAGUUCCGAAAUUUGAUUUCAAAGAAAGUUCUGGAUCUCCAAAAUCUGAUGUUAUUUUGAACAUCGAUGGAGUCAAAAUAUACGCGAAUAAAACAUUGUUGGCAAUUCAUUCAAAGGUUUUUGAUAGUAUGUUUUUCUCAGAAUUUGUUGAGAAAAAUCAAACGGAAAUUAUUUUGGAAGAUGAUGAUCCUGAUGAUUUCAUGGAACUUUUGAAGCUAAUCUAUCCUUCUGCUGGUUCAACUAUUAUAAAUGAUUCAAAUGUGGAUGGAAUUUAUAAAUUGGCUGACAAAUAUUUUAUGACUCAUGUUAUGUUUCAAUGCGAACAUUUUAUGGAGACAUCUAAAGAUUAUUCGGUUAGAGAUUGGUUGGUUGCGGAAAAAUAUGAUGUUCCAGAAUUGAUGGUAAGAUUUUCAUAGCCUCUCUAGCUUCUUUGGAUUUUUUCAGAAAAAAUCGAAACCAACGUUCGUGCGACAGCUAGCGGAAUCAUUUGAUUUUUAA